CUUGCUUCGACUGUGGCUGGUUUCUGCUCUCUCGCUCCCCCCCGUUCCUCCCGCUGCAUCUCGUUUCUGUCUAUCGCAUUCUUUACUCCUCCGACCUCCAACCUUCUCCCGUGGAUUCGUUCCCCUUUGAACGACCUAACGACGUUUAUCCAGUCUGCGAUCCUGACUUAAUCGCUCAACAGGACAAAUCGCGCCUCUAACCUUCUCGAACCACCCCUCCGCGAACCGGUCGACAAACACAGUGAGCUCACCGACAGAGUCGCGAUACGCAUGUCGACCGCGGUAGUCCUGCGAGCGUCAUUCCCCCACCCCUAGGAAACCUAAACGCAAACGAGUCCUUCCUUUCCAACGCCGCUGCAGCACCACCCAGACAGACACUACCGCCAGUCACUGUUCAGACUGCUAGUCUUCAGAUCUUCGGCUUUGUCCCGCUUGCCGCCAACUCCGUCGACGCUCGCUUCGCAUAAUCCUGCCGACCGACCUCGAUCGCUGCCAUCCCUCAAGCCAAACUGAGCCAUCCGCCAGACACAGAACCGCAUCCCAGCGGCUGGUUGUCACCAACAUGUUACGACACGGGAGUAUACUGGGGUUCUUCCUCAAGCCUCUAGGAUGGAUCCCCAGCGGCCCUCAGCAAGCCGCCUACGCCGCCGCCCUCGGCCUCGUCGCCAUCCAGGUCGGUAUUGGCAUCAUCAUGAAGAUCUCCCAGACCGGCGGUUCGUAUUCUUUUUCCCCGUCGGCGUCUGUCACCAUUUCCGAGUUCUUCAAGAUGGUCCUGUCCACCAUCUUCUUCUACAACGAAUGCAAGCGUAGGGUCGCCGAUGGCAUCCGCCCGUCGACCCGCGGGGGUGGCACCGGCUACUCUUCGCUUGCUACUUCAGAACUUCCCAUGAAUGAGAGGAGCAGUCUGGAUGAAAAACGAGAAGAGGAAGGAUUGAGUGGCAGUGCCAGCUCCUCGAGCAACAGCAACGCCGUCGAGAAGCACACCGGCCCUCUGCAGCCGCUCGACUUGAGGACCUACUGGAGCUACAUCCGUGGAGAGGUGACCAGAGACGUCCGAUAUGGCUUCUGCAACCUGGCCCUGUUUUACGUUCUCAUCAACAACUCGAUUUUCGUCAGCUACAAGAUGGCCGACCCCGGUACGAUUCAACUGACCAAGAGUGGUGUCACCUUCAUCACCGCUCUGGUCAUGAUUGCGACCCUGAAUACCAAAAUUUCUAAGAUUCAGUGGAUCGCCAUUCUGAUGCAGAUUUGCGGUCUGUCUGUGACACAGUACAACCCUCAGACGGGCACGACCUACCCGUUCAGCACGUACUUCAUCCUGCUCUUCCAGGUCUUCCUGAGCGCGUCCUCGGGCGUGUACAACCAGGCUCUGCUCAAGACUGACGACUCGAGCUUGCACGCCGACAACAUGAUCCUUUACGGUGCCGGUGCCACCAUGAACCUUUUAUGCCAUCUGGUCAUCAAGGCAUUGAAGGCCGACGAGCCGGGCUUCUUUGAGGGCUACAACAGCUUUGGCGCUAUCAUGGUCAUUGUCAGCAAUGUCUUCAUUGGCCUUGCCAUCACUGCCGUCUACAAGUACGCCGAUGCCGUCAUCAAGUGCUUCGCCACUGCCGUCGCGACCGGCAUUCUCCUCUACGUCUCGCCUCUACUAUUCGGAACCAAUCUCAGCUUCCUGGUUCUGCCCGGUACUGUUGUCGUCUUCGUUGCCUCGUGGCUGUACAUGGACAACCCGCCUCCUAAGGAUCCCAACCCUCCUACCGCCAACGAGCCCCAGAAGAUGUCACUGUUCAACAAGAUGGCAGCUGUCGCCAAGAAGUUCAACAAGAUCUUCCUCGCCGUUGCCACCUUUAUUACGGUUCUCAUUGUGGCGUUUCUGACCAUGUCGGAGGCCAAGAUGCCCGAUUUUGCCAAGGAUGGAGGCUCGGCAUCGCCAUCGCCCGCCGGGCCGAAGCCCGUCACCGGCACCGAGAGCAAGGUCGAGUCGCCCUUCAAGAACACUAUGGCCAUGAUCCGAUGGAACUCUGCGCGCCCUGAGCGGAUUCCCAUGCUGCAGAAGUACGAGCCGUUCUUCCACACCGUGCACAUCUCGAUGCCGAACAUGUUCCAGGGGGAGGAUCCUGAAUUCCACAACCUGACUCACGACCAAUUCCCUGGAACCUUCACUGUCUAUAAGCAAGUGGCCCGCACCAUGAAGCUCAUUUUGGACACAGCGCCCGAGAUCGACGGACUGAUGUACUAUCACUUCGACGCCUGGAUUGACCCCCUCGCCUGGACCGGCAUGAAUCCCUACAAUAUCCACUUCCCCUCCGUCAUCGACACGGCUCCGCCAUCCCACGGCGGGCCCGAGUACAUGUGCCUCACGGAUAUCAAGAACUACAACUGGUGGGGAUGGGGACAAGACUUCCACCGCACCUCUAUGGCGGCGUCUGCAGUGGUAGACAAUUUCGACCUCGACUACAAAAUCCGGCGGGACGAGUGGUGUGUUGGCUGGAGUGACAUCUACUACAUUCCCCGACGAUUCUUUGCCGACUACAUCUUCCUGUCCGAGAUCUUCGCCGGCUUUGGAGUCUUCCACGAGGUUGCCAUUCCCACGAUCGUGCACAUUAUCGACCAGAGUCGCCGGCGCAACCCGUACCGGUCCAUCAUCGACCGCCUUAGUGACUGCUGGGGUAAUUGCUGCAGCUCCAACCCUAAGAUCCGUGACGUGCUCGGUGCUCGGUGCGGUCACCGUCUCAACUAUUUGGAAGAGGGGCCGACCAACGCGUUCUACGACAAGCUUGACGCCCAGGCCUCCAUUCUCGGCCAGUCUCUCAACUCGACCAAGUAUGCCAUGACCAGCAGCGAUGCCGCUCACCUUUUUGACAGCGCAGCCUUGGCAAGCAUCAAUAACGGCGAAGCAAAGAAGGUCGCGCCCGCGAAUGACGACGCUCUGGAAGACGACCAGCGAGCGGAUAAGUUGGCUGCGGAGAAGGCUAAGCAAGAGAAGGAAAUGCUGAAGAAUGAGCAUGCACCCGUCGACAAGACAGAGAAGCCCGGCGACCCUAAGGCCGAUCCGGCCAAGAUUACUCCUCCCCCGCCUCCCUCGGACGACAAAACAGCGAAGCCGAAGGACGCCAAGGAGGGCGAUAAGAAGGAAGAGGACAAGAAGGAGGGUGACAAGAAGGUUGACCCGAACGACGCACUCAGGGAAGCAGACCGGGAUGCGGACGUGAAGCGGAGGUUACGACGGGAGGUUGUGGCUGCCGUCGCUGGACUAGGCUACUAAAUACCCCGGAUAUACCCACCUGCCUUCCUUUUUUAUUGUAUCCUUUAUUCCUAUCCGGCGGCGCUUUUCCCUUGUUCAUCGCGGCACACAUUCUGAGGAGAACGGGUGCCCGGAGCCCGGGGCCAGGAGUCUGCCAAUAGAUUUGGUAGGCCCCGCAGAUGCCCCGAGAGCUCGGCUGAUUCGACAUGGAACACACGAGACAUGACACCAGAAGCAGCAGUGAUUGACCGGCUAUAUACAGCUAGCCAGCCAGUAGAUAUUUCCCUUGACAUGAUAGCGGCACGGCGAUCCGGGUGUGUGUGUGUAUGUGUAUUUUACUAUUCGGCAUGCAUGCAUAUGGGUCUGUGAUUUUCCGGAUUUGGUACGAUAUAGACUUGUCAAACAUUGUUAUGAAGUAAGACAGUUCUUCUUUUUGGCAUCAGGAGAUGGCACGUAUUCGCUCAGGGUCUACGGGCAGCCAAGGAUGGGACGCCGCGAUCCGAGAGCGAAUCUAUUAGCGUCAGAUAUACACAUGUAAUGAAAAGAACUUAUAUUGUUUUCCACGGGUGCGCUACGGGAAUUUCUGCUCGUCAGACACGCAAUAUAGACAAAGAGGAAGCUGGCUCGAAUGCGGAUUCGCCGCUGGGUUUCUGGUAACAUGGUACGAGCACUCCCACGGCAUACUCCACGGCCUUCUGAUCCAUCCCUGCUGGAGUGGCCAAUGUGUUGGCCCUGCGGUAUACUCACAUUUUCUUGGCAACUCC